AGUUGCUUUGGUUCGUUCGGCUGCAUAUGCUGCACAGUAAUUAUUUAUUUCACGUAAGGAAAGGAGGUAAAAUGAGUCAACGUCACUGUUCAGACUCAAACCAAAUUUAAACAAUUCCCCGGAUGGUUUAUGCAGUUGCGGCUCAACCGCAGAAGAUCCCCGGGCAACCACUCGCCAACUCCUCCAAUGGCACCCCCGUAGAUACCUCCAAAGGCCAUGCCCGUUAUACUCGCCACGAAACCACACGCCGUUAGCCUCCUAUUAUAGACUCCGUGCCGUUCCCUCGCUCUUUUUCAACAGCGACGCUGCGAGCUCGUAACGCCCGUCCCCUCACACGCGCACAGAGAGAGCGAGAAGAGAAAAGGAAGCGAGAAGCUUGGGAAGGAGGGAGCCAGGGAGAAGAGGGAGGGCAACCGAAUCGAUGAAGGCGGAGAAGGCAGCGGUGGCCGUGGCAGCGGGCGGCGGCGGUGGAGGAGGAGGCGACGAGUGGCGGUGCCGGAAGCACCCGGCCGCCGCGAGAUCCGGCGGCGGGGUGUGCCCGUACUGCCUCCGCGACCGGCUCCUCCGCCUGUGCCCCAACUGCGCGCACGUGCGGCCCUGCCCCUGCGCCGCGUCGUGCGCCUCCCCGUCCUCCUCCUCAUCGGCGUCCGGCGAUGCCGUGGGGCGCGUGCACAGCCUCAUCGAGCGGGAGCACCGGAUCGCGCGCUCGCGGUCCGUGGCCGCGGGCUCCUCCGCCGCGUUCGCCGCCGCCGGCCCCUCCGCGGCGCCGGCCUCCGGGGGCGGGAGGCGGAGGGCGCGGGUCUGGGGCUGGCCGCAGUUCUGGAAGCCCGCGGCGCGGGACGGUGACGCUGACGCGGAGCCGGAGGAGGACGAGGAGGAGGGGCUGGGGCUGCCGCGCUCGAGUUCCGUGUCCGCCACGGCCGUGGAGGCCAAGACCGCGGCGGCGGCGGCGCGGGCGCGGUGGGGGUGGCACUUCCCGAGCCCGCUCAAGGCGUUCCGGCACCGGAGGUCGUCGGCGAGCGUGGCCGGGCGGGCGUGAGCGCAGCGCAAGGUACCACCUCCAGAUGGCCGGAAAAGUGAUCAGCGGGUGGGGUGGGGGUCAUGUGAUGGCCGGGAAUCGUUAAUUAUUAAUUUUAACUAUAUGAGGCGGUGGAUUAGAGGAGGAGCGUUCGAUCUCCUUUUCUCCUUUUGUGGUGGCGUGCCGCUAAUUCCAUGAUUAAGUUAGACCGAAACGUGAAAGCCUGUGAUCUGGGCGGGAUGUGUGCAUAUGCUAGUGGGUGAUGACCUCCUCAUGGUUUCCUUCACUUUUAGUAGUGUGCUUGUACCCCACUCUGUAACACCAAAUUGGAUAUUUUAUGCUCUCCAAUUUGAUUAUCUUUUUUUUGUACUGCUACAUUCACCCCAUGAACUGAAGUAGUUUGCAUUUCUAUUUC